CAAGCCUGUGUGGGCCCUUUCCCCGCCUAUGGCCCUGUCCUGUCGUCCUGCCCUCUCAGUUUGUUACAAUAGAAUAGUUACCUAGCGACAGACUAGUUCAGAUAAACAUAGAUUCCGGUGACUAACCAUGGAGCAGAUAACAAAACCUUCUCCAGGAAAAUGGUACUGGAAAGAGGAAACUAAAACACUUGAAUUUACAAGGAGAUCGGACAGUUCCUAUCGCUGGGCAUCUGGAGCUAAAUCCCUUGAAAGAAGCUCCACAGACAGAAUCACUAAAUCCCCCAAACAGAAGAAAAGGCUUCAGCAUGAAUUUGUGGCUCUAGAAGAUGUAAAAAGGGUUGCUUUAAACUUGAUUGAAGAACAAGAAAGACUUUGCUUGACUUUUGGAUUUUCCAAUAUUUUCAGAUCUCAGCAACUUGAUGAUUUCCUCAUGGCCUUAAUCAACUAUUUGUAUUGGUUUUUGGUAAAGCAGUCACGAGGCAAACAGCCUAAAACUUUAUUGCCGAGACCCAAAGUUUUAGAAGAAGAGGAGAUGGCGGCCCUUGACAAGACAAUAGAAGCUGCAAUGAAGCACCUUGCUUUUAAGUACUCCAUUCUUGUACUUGGAGAAGGAUUGGGCAAACAACAUCAUCUGGCAUGUGGAAGAAGCAGAGCUUCAGCCACACUGAGAGACCGCAGGUUCUUUGAGUGCUUAUACAGUUACUGCAUUCAAGUUGUCUGGGUGGUGUUCAGACGCAAGAAACUGGAAGAAAUUCAGAAAGAGAUUGGCAGAAUAUUGCGUACCAAUAAUUUUAAUCCUGCCCUCAGGGUGAAGGAUGCCAUGCCAAGCAGAAACCUGUCUGGGAGUAAGAAAAAGGCUACAUAUGCUGAUGACAGGAAAGCUAACAACAAAAGGUCCCCCAUAAAGAAGAUCAUCACCCAUUGCUCCCCUGUGCUCAGUUCUCUAAUUCCAACUCCAAAGGAACGAUCUCAGUACCUAUUCCACCAACAUGAACUUCACCCGAAAGGUACUGAAUACCUGGAUAUGGAAGAGCUUCUGGAUUACAAUAUCCCAACCUGUAUUGGAAUAAUAGGAGAACCUAUGAAGCAAUUCCACUUUUAUGAUCUUACACCAUAUGGAGUUGAUGAAGAGGAGGAACCAGAUCCUGAUAAACAGAACAGUUUCUCUUCUUUGGACUUCCAAGGAUUUUCAGGUUAUCACUCACCAGUACGACCUGCUACUGGCCGCCAGAGCCAGGUUAUAUCAAGAGCCACCACAGAGGCCACAUAUUCUGAUAUGUAUUGAGGUUUUUGUAAUAGACUAACUAGACAGGCUAUGGACUACACAUGCUAAAUAAUCACUAUGUCAGCUAUGGAGUCACUACAAAGACCAUGAAUUUAUUAUACUGGACUUCUUACAAGGACAAUAGGCUGUGGUUUUACUACUAUGGCCAGUAUUUGGACUAUAGCCUUAAUACAGAUGAUUUAUCAUCAUUUAUAUGUUGUAUCCAUUAUUUCCUCUUUAUUAUGAAGCAUUAAAGAUGCUAAUC